AUGUUUAGAGAAAAUAAUGAAUUAUACCUGACGUCAGCAGAAUACAAGGAAAGUGAAGAGGAAAAAUACCCUACUUACUUCCAUGGUGAGAAGUGCGAGAAUGAGGAUAGCGAUGGAAGUGAUAGCUUAUAUAGCCAAAGUGUUGACUCCUACCCUUUGCCUGUCGCCUCAGGUAUCCUGCAAGGUCAGUCUUCUGACUUAGAUGACAGAUCUGUGCGAGUAACAAGAUACUCUGCAUAUGGGAUUGUUUUAACAUGCUGUAAUGACUUCAGUUCCGUAUACACGAUUGUGACAGUACUUGCUACAUUCAGCGAGCCUCUCCUCUCUCAGAGGCGGCUGCGGGAGUUCUCAACCUUCGCCAUGGGAUUUCGCAAGAAGCUUCGGGCAUUUUUCAGAAUAACCCGGAAGCAGAAAGCACUGGAGUAUAAAGCGGGAGCAUCGGAGCCAGACAAGCAGAGUGGGCCUAAGAGUGAGCAGAGUAAGAGUGAGGAGAGUAAGAGUGAGCAGAGUAAGAGUAAGCAGAGUAAGAGUGAGCAGAGUAAGAGUGAGCAGAGUAAGAGUGAGCAGAGUAAGAGUAAGAAGAGUCAGAGCGAGAAGAGUGCCGAAAGUCCUUCUAACGUCGUUGGAGAGAAACCCGGACAAGUAGGCAUGGACGAGCGUCGUGUAGUCAGCCAGGAAGGAGGAGGAGAAGUGAAGGCCAAAGAAGAGAAGGUUUACAUGCAGCAGACGCUCGAAUGCGAUGGCCACGCAGCGGCUCCGGAAUCCGUCGCCGCAGCCGCGCCACCGACGUACGCAGAGAGCUUGGCGUCGGGCGGGUCGUCUCCGACACAGUCCUACAAGGACCUUUCUGAGGCCACCUCGCCUACGGAGUCUAACCAUGUUAAAUUUUGUAAUGAGACGUGUCUAACCCAUUCUGGAACGCACGAGCGGCAGCGAAUGAGGAGAGCUUGCAGGCAAAGAAAGGACAACUUAUCUGGCAUUAAAGUGAAGUACACAAAGGUAUACGGCGAGAACGAUGGGGCCUACAAGAACGACUCCACGCCCCGCGGCCUCGUGUUUAUGUGCAAUUUCUCUCAAUUUAUGAAUAAUCGAUACAGCCAGCGGAAGGGGUCGGAGGUGGAUUACUAUUCAAUGCUGGAUCUGUUCCAGCAACUUGGCUACGGAGGCGGGCGCCGGGACGAGAAGUAUUGCCUGACAGGCCACAUUACGAAGAACAGGUUCAUGGAGAGACUGAGAGACUUCAGCGUUGACAGCAGGCACAAGAUGCUGUGUUCGUGCGUGAUCAUCAUCAUGAGCCACGGACUGGGACCCAAGACCUUCGUCACUUCAGACGAUAAACAAGUCGAUCUCAUGGAGAUCUACACGAUGUUCAACAACAUAAACUGCGAGAUACUCCGCGGGAAGCCAAAGAUCUUCAUCCUGCAGUUCUGUAGAAAUAAUUCGUACAUGCCAUCCUCUCGAUUAAGGAACGUGCUCCCUGACUGCUCUCCCACUGAGAGCCUGAGAAAGAUAGUGCGGGAGGAACUUCAUAAGAUCCUGGCGGAGCAAACCGAGGACAAAGCUGAAGCGCCUCCGAGUCCAGGCAUUAGCGAGAACGUCAGGCGAAAUUCGGAGCCUGCUCUUAUGGCAUCCGAACAACAAGUGCAUAUGAGAUACGAGGCCGACACUCGACUGAUAGCACCACAACCGGCGUUCGGGGGUGUUCAGAAGUACUCCGACAUGUACUCCAUCUUCUCGACAGCCUCGGGCGAGUUAUCCCACCGAGACCCACACAAGGGUUCGCUCCUGAUCCAGGCCAUUUGCCACGUGUUCGCAGAGAACGCCUAUCAGGACGAAAUCGACACCCUCGUCAGGAAAGUGUCGACCUACAUGACCAAGACGCUGCAAAAGGACGAUCCGAUCACCGUGCCUCGGGUGACCUGCGAGAGAACGAACAACGGUCUUGACAAGAAGUUCUAUUUCAACCCCGAGGAAGUGCAUCGCUGCAGGCACGUGACUAUUUAAUCGAACGCCGCUACGGAUGGCGUAUAGUUCAUCGUCUACAAUAUGUACGACUGAGACGACUGUAUGUGAUAAUAAGAUCAUUGUCUACCUGUAACGUGUAACUUUGGCUGAUGCACAUAGUGCAACAUGGUUUUUAUUAUUAAUAACUUAAGUUAACAUAUGUUCCGAUGUUUCUCUAAUGAUGUAUUUGUGAAUAUUUAUGAAUUUAUAUAAAUAUUCUAGAUGUAUAUUUUAUUUCUACUUUCUUUAUGGUAUGGUGAUAAUACUAUAGUAACAAGUGGCUUAAUACAAGACAGUUCGAUGCAAAACUAAAAUCUCGAAUGAGAUCACCGAGAGAAUACAGUACAAAAAGAAUGAUAUAUUCUCUCCCCUUUUGCUAACGUGCUUGCUAAAACGUAUCAACCAUUCCCCUGUUGUUUGUGUAUAAGCAAACUAGGUUUCUCUCCCGACACCACCUGUUCUAUGUAGGUUUCAGUUACGUCACUCAGUUCCCGGUGUGACUUGAUUCUCCUCGGCUAACUUGUGUCAUCUGAUCAACCAGGAGCAUCGGUUUACCUUGGACUCUUCGCUUUGAGAUGUUCUAUGGCAGUGAUUCCCAAACCCUUCCCUUAAGCUCAAAGACAUCUGCAACCCAACCUCGUCUCCCUCGCCGUGUUUUUUUUUUUUUUUUUUUUUUUAGGCUAAGGAAAAGGAAACAUUCACAAAUUCGUACAAACUUUAUUUAUUUCAUGUAACACAACAUUAACUUGGAGCCAUGAUUUCAUAAUAUAGUCUUCAUAUGGAUACUGAACUUGGCCAGUGCCCCCCCUCCCCCCUCCUCUAGGUUUGCGAUUUACCUGUUGGGAUUUUGUGAUAUGAUACUGAGGUAACAUUCAGUGAGAUUCACGAUGUUUUGUACAUAUAUAUUAAUUUAAUUCAUAAUCAUAACGAUGACUGGUAUGGGCGUGUAAAUGAUGACCGCCAUUCUUAUCAUUAUUUGAAUAAUUGUCAUUAAUUUUGCCAGUGUCAAUGUUAAAUCCGGCACCACUGUCAUUACAUUAUAAACCCUGUAAGCUUUAACAUUAAAAUAACUUUUUA